AGCGUGCAGCGGUGUGCUGUGUCCCUUGUACACAGCGGAUCACCGAUCAAUGGAAAGAGCCGAAGAUUUCGGCUCGGUCAUGUGAUCAGCUGUGUCCAAUCACAGCUAAUCUCAUGCCACCUGUCAGUGUCCAUCAAUGCCAGCUGUCAGUGCUCAUCAGUGCCACCUGCCAGUGCCCAUCAGUGCCACAUCAAUGCCACAUAUCAGUGCCAAUCAGUGCACAUCGAUGUCACAUAUUAGUGCUCAUCUGAGCUGCCUUUCAGUGUCACCUAUCAGUGCCAGUCAGUGCCACCUAUUAAUGCCAGUCAGUGCCACCUAUCAGUGCUGCCAAUCAGUCCCACCUUAUAGUGCCAGUUAGUGCCGCCUAUCAGUGCCAGUCAGUGCCGCCUAUCAGUGCCACCUAUAUCAGUGCCAUAUAUGAGUGCUGCCUUUCAGUG